CUGGAGCCGCACACACCUGGAGCUGCACACACCUGGAGCUGCUUUUCAGCUUUACACACAGCGCUGCAGAACACACCUGGAGCUGCACACACCUGGAGCUGCACACAACUGGAGCCGAUUUUCAGCGUUACGGACAGUGCUUCUGCAGCUGAGGCUGAUUUUCAGCAUUACAGUGCUUCUGCUGGACCAUGUCUUAUACAGAGAUGACUACUGGCUGCCAGUGUUCUGACUACAGGUCCCAGAAGCCCAACGCCAUCCUGUUCAACAUCCUGAGCCAGACGCAGCGCCCCAGCCUGAACUACAGCUCCGCCCCCCCACACAGCUGCCACUGCCAGAUGCUGCGCACCGUGCGCCUGACCACGCCCGGCGACACCUGCCCGGUGGCCUCAGGUGUGCUGGUGAAGACCGUGCGCUUCAUGCAGAGUCUGCUGUCCUUCCGGCAGCUUCCGGCGCGAGACCAGCUGGCCCUGCUGCGCGGCUGCUGGGCGCCCGUCUUCCUCCUGGGCCUGGCACAGGAGGGCGUGGACUUCCAGGUGACGGACGCGCCGGCCGCCAGCAUGCUGAAGAGAAUCCUUCUGGAAGGGCAGGAGCCGCGAGGCCCGGAGGGGGCGGAGUCAGAGCGGGCGGAGUCGGACCAGGCGCGGCCCACGCUGGCUGCCAUGCAGAAGCUCAAGUCCUGCCUGCACAAGUUCUGGAGCCUGGAUCUCACGCCCAAGGAGUAUGCCUACCUCAAAGGAGCUGUGCUCUUUGACCCCGAUGUGCCGCAGCUGAAGUCGGCAGCGUUCAUCGAAGGUCUGCAGAGGGAGGCUGAGCGCGCGCUGCGGGAGGUUCUAACACCUCUUCACCCGCAGGACAAAGGCCGCUUCUCUCGCAUCCUCCUCACCGCGUCGACACUCAAGUCCAUAAACCCGAACUUCGUCAUCGAACUCUUCUUCAGGCCGGUCAUUGGGCCGGCGGACCUGUUUGAGCUUUUGGUCGAGAUGCUUUUCAGCUGUUAAGACAUUAGCGUGACAUUCGCGUGACUGUUUUCAAGACUUGCGCACACCAGGCGCGUAAAUGGCCCACACGCUGGAGCGCAAAGGGGGAGACGCAGCCGAACCUGCACAGUCCCGGGUGUUGGGGAAUUGGGCGGUCGCAGCCGAACUGGGAAAGGGGCGGCAGAGAAGGUGUUUGGGGGAAAAACAAAGAAGCACGUUUCGCUAAAAUGUGUUUCCGCUUUGUGUACAAGUUCUACCCGAGUAGAAUGCAUUCUCACUGACGUUCCUAUUGAAUUGUUUAAUAUAGCCUACUUCGUUUACAUUCAUUUGUUGCACAUCAUAGGCUAAUUUAUGCAGAUACAUAGGGAACAAUUCUUAAUGUUAGGAGAAAAAAUGAGAUUUGUUUUGGUCUGUGUACACCGAUGUAGCCUGUCAUUUUCGUAUAUGUGUUGGUCACAACUUGGAUUGAAGCACUGUUUUCUGUAUAGAACCCAAGUCUGCAGUGCUUGUGUGUGUGUGUG